GUUUGUUAUUGAUUACAUUGUUUUGAUUUUGUUCUGAAAAUUGGUACCUAUAUUGACUUGUUAAAUUUAAAAUUAUGUAUUGGGCGAAAAUUAAAAUACCAUAUAAUAUAAUGUAGUUACUUGAAAUACAAGUGCAUUCUUCCCUAGUUCUAAAAGUAGUCAAUUCAACGUGGUUUCCCCUGAAAAUGUGUUCAGACCUCGGUUCAGACAAUGAAAAUCAUGCUGAAAAUGUCAAUGGCUUUCGUAUCUCACUUAAAGUCGAAAGACGAAAUGUAGCCCCGCUCUCUCAACGUUAUACUAUAUCCUAUAAGAACAAGGAACGAAAUUCAUCUUGGCCUAUAAAGUCAUUGUUCCUUGCUAUAUUAUUUAAUAUUAUAGGUUUUAGUUAUGUUCGUAUAAGUUUAACUACAUCCCUGGUUAUUUUUAUUGUAAUAGCUUUUUUGAUAUUCUUUUGGGUAACACACACCGUUAAGGAAGAAAGUGUAUUAGUGAUACCCACUGUGUGUAUUCAAAGCUCUGUCAAGUUUGUAGUUGGUAGCGAGGAUAACUACAUUCCGUGGUCUAAUAUUGAUGAUAUCAUUAUAAAUGAAGUUGUGAAAAUGAAUCGAGUUUUAUUCUUUCUUACAAUUCUAGUCAAAACCAACGAAGGAGAAGGAGGAACUAAAUUAUUACCAUUAUUUAAAUACACAAAACCAAGGUUGAUGAUGUUACAAGUGAUAUAUAAUCAGAUGCAAACUCUGCUUUUGGAGUCGAGAAAUAAAUUCACAGGGUCCGGUGAUUCUUCGUCAAUAGUGUUGUAAAUAGUUUCACAUUAUAAUGUUAUAUCAUUCCAAAGAUAUGUUUGUGUAUUGUUUUUCUUUAUUAUUAAUAAAUGAUAGACAAUA